AUAUUCUAUAUUGGGGGGAUUUUUCCCCUGCUGACAUGGCAACAAUGUCUGAUUUCCCUUUUGUCAUCUGUGACAGUAUGGUUGCACCGUUGGCCCAUCCCCAGUCCCCCACUCUGUGAGCAGAAUGGCUGCUGGCUAGGGGAGCAGUCAGCUGCCUGGCGUCAGGGCUCAACCAGGCCACUCCAGAAGAGUUUCUGCAUUGCUGUCAUUCCUGCUGGGGGUAGUUGAUAGUACCACUGAAAGCACUGAGGACUUCUACCAUGGCUGGCAAGAUGGCAGGGGGUGUCCUCUCUCCUUUGGAUAAUCUGUGUGGAGUGGACUGUGCCAAUGUCCAUCCCCUGUUUUGUCACCUGUGCCAUGAGCAGUACCAGCACCCAUGCCUCUUAGACUGUUACCACAUCUUCUGUGCGCGCUGCCUACAAGGCAGAGCCAAUGAAAGCCGUCUCAACUGCCCCCUCUGCGGAUACCCAUCAGUUGUAAAAGGAAUGAAUGCACUCCCACCAGAGGACCGUCUGCUGAAGUUCCUGGUUGAUAAUUCUACUGAUGACUGUGAAGAGACAGUCCAGUGUGCCAACUGUGACCAGCAGAGCAACAAACAGGACACAGGGCCAAUGUACUACUGUAACACGUGUAGCCAGCCCCUGUGUGGAGCUUGCAGGGAUUCCACACACAAGGCCAAGAUGUUCUCCCACCAUGAGAUUGUGUUCCUGGCCAAACGCACCAAAGUGUGCCACCGGAUGUGCUCUCUCCACGAUGAGCCCUACAUCAUGUUCUCCACAGAGAAGAAGUCGAUGCUCUGCAUCAAGUGUUUCAGAGACAUGCAAGUAGAGAGCCGGAUACACUGCAUCGAUAUUGAGACAGCAUACAUGCAAGGCUGUGAGAUACUAGACCAGGCAGUGCUGGCAGUGAAGGAGCUGCAGACAUCGGCCCGUGAGGCUAUUAUCAUGCUGAGGGCCAUGAUAGGGGAGGUGGGCUCCAAUAUGGAGGAAGAGGAGAAUGCAAUCUGUAACAUCUUCACCAGUAUGCAGGAAAGACUGGCUGAGAGGAAGAAAAUUCUGUUGCGAGCGGCUCAAAGCCAACAUGAAGAAAAGGAGAAGGCGCUAAAGGAGCAGCUCUCACACCUUGCUGUCCUCCUGCCAACCCUGCAGGUUCACCUGGUCACCUGCUCAGCCUUUCUCAGCUCAGCCAACAAAUUUGAGUUUCUGGACAUGGGAUAUCAACUAAUGGAAAGGCUGAGGAGGAUUUUGAAGCUCCCUCAUCAACUGCGACCAGUGCAAAGCAGUAAAAUUAACACAGACUACAGGGUUGAGUUUGUUCGCUGUCUGGAGCCCCUACUGCUGCUGGGACAGCGCCGCCCAGCCUCCAUUACCGGAGCAACUAGUAUUGCAGCCCUGCGCCAUUCCCCCCUCUCCAUGUCGUGCCGCUCCCCGUCCCUCAGUGACAUGCCCCUGGGCUCGGCCGCGGGGAGAAAGUCCACCUCCCACCGCUACAUCUGCACCAAGGUCCUCCUGGCAGAGGGGGGCGACACACCCUUCACUGAGCACUGCCGCAACUAUGAGAACAGUUACAGGACCCUCCAGACUGAGAUCCAGAACAUGAAGGACCAGGUACAGGAGCUACACAGGGACCUGACCAAACACCACUCCCUUAUCAACACAGACACCAUGGGGGAGAUCCUGGACCGCUCCCUGCACAUCGACGGACAGAUCUCCACCCAGUACUCCUCUGUGGAGACCAUGAGGGCUCUGUUUGAAGAGAUUUGGGAGGAGACCUUUCAGAGGGUCACUAAUGAGCAGGAGAUCUAUGAAGCACAGCUCCACGACCUGCAGCAGCUGAAGCAGGAGAACUUGUACCUGACCACCAUCGCCCGACAGAUUGGACCAUACAUCCUGUCUAUCGCCAAGGUUAAAGAGCGCCUAGAACCCAGAUUUCAGGAGCCCAAAGAGCUUCAUGAUGACCGCACAGAAACCAUGCUGAAAAUCUAUGAGGACACCUCUAUUGCCAUGGACGCACAUCACAGGUGUUGUAUGUACCCUCUCUUUGUUUUCCUUGGCAGUGAAGACCACACCUGUCCCACUGACAGUGACUGGGAAAGGAACAUGGACAACCGCUCCCUUAUAAUACAGUCUGAUGAGGCUUCCAUCAAGACCAAUGACUACCAUUGGCCAGGAAGGCAGACAGCCAAUUACAAUGAGAUGCCAUUAUAAAGCAGAAUGUUACACCCCCCCCCCCCCCCCGUUUCCUGCGUGGCCUCCAGCUCAACACAACAGGACAAGGACAGCAUGUGACAUUCUCCUCUGUUCAGAUAGCCGCUCCUGACAUUUCAUGGUAACAUUUCUUGGCAGGGAGGUGUUGUCAUCAGCUCAGAGGUGAGUCCUUAGACAAACAGGUCUCACAGGACUCCACUGACACUCACUGGACUCAAUGACUAACAAACUGGAGUCAAUGGACUCACUAAGAGGGCGGUGAAUCCCCUCCAAUCUCACUUGUCAAUGUGGAAAGAUAAAUCUGAUGGACCAGUAGAGCAUCACCUCAUUAUGGACUGAAUGGAUGGAGGAUCUGUAGUUUUAUGCUGAGGAAGUGACUGUGACUACCAUGUCUCAAUCAACAAUGCAUGGUUUUAGACCUGCAAUAACAUACAGAGGGAGAGUGCUUCCUCAGUUGAUAUUUCUAAAAUGGUCAUAUGUUGUUAUGCUGUGUUGUCCUGAAAGGGCUAUUCAUUUGAUUGUAUGGUUCUAAAACCAACGGUUGUAUUUGUAUCAUAUGAUCACUAGUUAUAUACAGUACAUAGUGGAAUGUAUCUGAUGAUGUAUGGCUUGUUGGUCCUCAUCCUCAGGUCAUAGAUAGUGCUGGUGUGACCUCAGUAAAUACAACAGUCAAAUGUAAUGAUGCACAUCAACUUGUAUUGUCAGUGUGUUACCCAAGAAUAUGCAGCAAAUUGGUGAAGCCGAGCUUUUGUGAGGGAUGGCAAAAAUGUUGUGUCAGGCGCUGCUCCAGAAUCUCCCAUGUGUUCAAUCGGCCAUCGCAUAUGGUUUACAUCGUUGUCAUCCUCAUCAAACCAUUCAGUGACCACUCGUGCCCUGUGGAUGGAGGAAUUGCCAUGCUAUGGGGGCAUAGCCAUGGUAGCCGCAAUACCCCAUAAUGACAAAGC